AUGACCAACAAGAGCUUCCCAGCUGGCUUCAUCCUGGGCUGCUCUGAAAAGCCACAGCUAGAAAUUAUUCUCUUCUGGGCUGUGAUCCUCUUGUACACCAUGAUCGUCCUCUCCAACUCAGCCAUCAUCCUGCUUUCCUGCAUGGACCCCCGUCUCUAUACCCCCAUGUACUUCUUCCUCAGCAAUCUCUCCUUCCUGGAUCUCUGCUACACCACAGCUUCUGUGCCCCAGAUGUUGUACAACCUGUGGGGGCCAGACAAGAGCAUCACCUACACAGGCUGUGUCCUCCAAGUCUGUGUGUUGCUCUGUCUUGGGGCCACAGAAGGCGUCAUGCUGGUGGUGAUGGCCUUUGACCGAUACGUCGCUGUCUGCCGGCCCCUGCACUACACAGUCAUCAUGAACCGUCCGCUGUGCUGGAAGCUGGUGCUCACGGCCUGGCUGUGCGGCCUGCUGGAAUCUGCGACCCAAACACCAGUCACAUUCCAGGUGCCUUUCUGUGCUCACCACCACCUGGAUGACUUUUUAUGCCAAGUUCCUGAACUCAUACACCUGGCCUGUGGGGACACCGCUGCCAGUGAGUGGCAGAUGACCAUCUCUGCUGUUCUUUUAACCAUUGUGCCAGUGGGGUUGAUCCUGACUUCCUAUGGCUUCAUAGCUCAAGCUUUGGGGAAAAUCCAGUCUGAGGCGGGAAGGCGAAAGGCCAUUGCCACCUGCUCCUCCCACCUCACCGUGGUCUUCAUGUUCUAUGGGACAGUGGCCAUGGUGUACACAGACCCUAAGAACCAACUUGCUUCCAAACAAGGCAAGUUUGUCACCUUCUUCUUCACCGUGGUUACACCACUGCUGAACCCCCUUAUCUACACCCUGCGGAACAAAGAGGUGAAGAGGGCCCUGCAAAAACUCCUGAGGAAGGGGGACAGCAUGAGGGGAAAUAAGAAAUUGAGUUUUUGA